AUGAAGGCUGUUUUUCUCUUGCUGGUCUGUGUAACAGUUUGUGCUGUUCUUGGUGUUUGUGAAGGAGGAAAUUUAAGGAGGAAUUUCUACGAAAAAUCAUGUCCUCUUGCAGAAGAAAUCGUCCAGAACGUCACAUGGAAGCAUACCUCCACCAAUCCAAUCUUGCCGGCGAAGUUCCUCAGAAUGCAUUUCCAUGACUGUUUUGUUAGGGGUUGUGAGGGCUCAAUUUUAUUGAACUCGAUUGCAAAUAGCAAGGCAGAAAAAGAUGCAAUUCCAAAUCUUUCCCUGACGGGUUUUGAUGUUAUCAACGACAUUAAAGCUCAGCUCGAGACAAAAUGUCCAGGAGUUGUAUCUUGUGCAGAUAUUCUUGCUUUGGCAACCAGAGACUCGGUUUCUUUUCAGUUUCAAAAUAAAAAGCCAAUUUGGGAAGUGCUCACUGGUAGAAGAGAUGGCAGAGUGUCCCUUGAAACAGAAGCCUUGGCCAACCUGCCCUCCCCUUUCUCUAACUUCACCACCCUCCAGAGGAAUUUUGUCAGUCAAGGACUCAAUAUCCAUGACCUUGUGGUAUUAUCAGGUGGACACACCAUUGGACUAGGCCACUGCAAUCUGUUCAGCAACAGGCUCUACAACUUCACCGGAAAAGGAGACCAAGACCCUUCUCUGGACCCAACAUAUGCCGCGUUCCUGAAAACCAAGUGCAAGAACCUCGCCGAUACAUCAACUGUCGAAAUGGACCCUAAGAGUUCUCGAAAUUUUGAUGCUGAUUACUUCGUCGCCCUCAAUCAGAAGAAAGGUCUCUUCCAAUCUGAUGCGGCUCUUCUAACAAACAAGGGUGCGAGCAAGAUCGUCAAUGAGUUGGUGACUUCAACCUCCUUUUUCAAAGAGUUCGGACAGUCGAUGAAGAAGAUGGGAGCCAUUGGUGUGCUCACGGGGAAGUUGGGGGAGAUAAGAAAGAAGUGUAGUGUCAUAAAUUGA